ACCCGCAAAUUUUAUUGCCUGGACUUAGUGAUAGAAAAAAAACUGUGACAUCCUUCAUUUAUCUGGGUACCUUCGCUAAAAUAUCAGAGUUGAGGAGCCCCACCAUUGCAACUGCUGCAGCAGACAUUAAUUCUCAAGUAAGUGAUUGAGAAAAAAAACUCUGGGGAUUAAUCCCCCCACUCUCGAUCUCAUCCCUCACCUUUAAAAAGAACACGAACAAAAGAAGGGGGAAAGAGAGAGAGAGAGAAUCAAUAUAGAAGAAGAAAAAAAAAACUCAGCUCAAAUCACACCCACUUGAUUUUGACACCUCUCUCUCUCUCUCUCUCUCUCUCUCUCUCUCUCUCUCUCUUUUUAGCUCCUCCUCUUCUCUGCAACUCCAUCACUUUCCUCCACACACACACACACUCUCUCUCUAUCUCUCUCUCUCUCUCUCUCCCUCACCGACAUUCAUCGAAGAAUGGGAAGGCACUCUUGCUGCUACAAACAGAAGCUAAGGAAAGGCUUAUGGUCUCCUGAAGAAGAUGAGAAGCUCCUCAAACAUAUAACCAAAUAUGGACAUGGAUGCUGGAGCUCUGUUCCCAAACAAGCAGGCCUGCAGAGGUGUGGAAAGAGUUGCAGGCUCAGGUGGAUAAAUUAUCUGAGGCCUGAUCUCAAGAGAGGUACAUUCUCUCAGCAGGAGGAGAACCUCAUAAUUGAUCUCCAUGCAGUUUUGGGCAACAGGUGGUCUCAGAUUGCAGCACAAUUGCCAGGGAGAACUGAUAAUGAGAUAAAGAACCUGUGGAAUUCUUGCAUCAAGAAGAAGCUGAGACAGAGAGGCAUUGACCCAAAUACCCACAAGCCCCUCUCAGAGACCGAAGCAGCCGAAGAAGAAAAAGUAGCAACAGCGAGCAGCAACAAGACGUCGACCUCUCUUCCUGACACUGCUCCAAAUCCUACGGUUCAUGUCCCUCCUCUGUCACUGAUUUCAUCCAAAUCUGAGAGCUCAAUAUCUUCAACCAAGGAUUUCUUUCUAGAGAGCUCUUCGAGCUCUCAGGCAUCCAAUUUGAUGAGCUCUUUCCCCCUUACAUCCCACAAUCAGCAUCUUUGGCUCAACCGGAACAAUAGGCUAUUGGGGAUGAAUCCUGAAUUUGAUUGCAAUGGGAUGUCAACUGUAAUUCCAUCAGUUUCAAGCUCAAUCCUUUUGCCUUCGAUGGGUCUGAAACCCACAAUCAACAUGCCACCAGAUAAUUCCAAUGGCAUCCAAUACUGGGAGGCCGGUGAUGCUAGUAAUAGUAGCAGAAGCAGCAGAAUGGAGCUAAAUAGCAAUAGCUCUUUCAUUGACGGCAGUAUGUUCUCAUGGACAGACUUGCUACAAGAUAAAACUUCACAAUUGAACCUCGAUGAGGAGGCCGAGGAACUCAAAUGGUCUGAGUACCUCCAAGGUGCAUAUCCAAUAUCUGCAGCCCUGCAGAAUCAGUCUCAGCCAUUGUACAGCGAGAUCAAAUCCGAAAGCCAAUUUUCGAUUGAAGGGUACGGCUCUUGGCAGCAGAAUCAGCAACCACAGCAGCAGCAGCAGCAGCAGUCUCAGGCCCAAUUGCCCAGUUCAGAGUUAUACAAUGGUAAGGAUUUCCAGAGAAUCUCAGCAGUGUUUGGACAUAUUUAGCUUAUUGAUUGAUACACAAAAUUAUCAGAAAGAGACAGAUACAGGAGGCUCGGAUUAAUAAGAAGAAAGAGGAUUCUAAUGAUUUCUUGUAAGUGUUUGAUUUGUGUGUAUGAUUUGUGCAUAGAUUUUUCUCAUGUAAAUAGGUCUCAUGAUACAGAAAACCUUAAGCUCUUGAUUCAUCCUUUGUUUGUGCAAGGAGACAAGCUUCAGCCCACUUACUUGCCUUGAAUGAGUUAGUGGGACUCCGGUGCAGAAUAAAGCUUGUUCCUUUUUUUUCUUCUUUUCGCCCCCUUUUUACCCUUUUUUGUUUUCUCAUUGCUUGGAAAAUUCUCGCUGAUUUUAGUGAUGUUGUGCUGUAAACAAUCAAGAUCUUCUCUUUUAGUUU